AUGGCCUACCAGACUCGCCCUCCGCCUCGCCGUGGCCCUCCUCCAGGCCCAGGACCGCAGUAUGGAGGGAGGCCGCCGCAGCAGUAUCCGCCGCCAGAUAGACGACUCCCUCAUGCCCCUGGUGCAAAUGGCGACCGCCGGCCGAUGAACUACGACGACGGCUACGGCCAGCGAGAUCCCUAUGCUCGAGGCGGCCGUGGGAUGUACGAAGAAGGCCCUCCCCCCCAGAACAGGGCUCCUCGAGGGCCUCCGCCGCCGCAGGGCUACAGAGGCGGCCCUCCAAACGGUCACCACCAACCUCCGCAACCGCCUCAGGGAGCUGGGCCUGCUCCUGGGCCGGGAAGACUUCAAAAUAAGCCGCCUCCUGUCAGGCAGUAUUCAAAUCAGGUUCCUCCGAAACCUCAGAUGAAGAGCUCGUUCGACAACCCGUUUCCCUCUUUUCCACCGAGGCAGCGCGGUAAUUCGAUAGAUUUCGGACUCGAGAAGAAGAUGAGUGCGCUUGAACUCAACCAGAACUACGGUCGUGGAGAGCAGCCGGUUGUACGCCCACAUACUUCAAACUCGAACCGUCCGCCGCCGUCGACACAUUACUCCGAACCUCUUCCGCCAUUGAAUUCUUACCGAGCACCGAGUGACAACCAGCCGAUACACAGGAAGCCUGCAGCUCCCCUCAGUGUUGAAACACACCAUACCGCUCCUCCUGCCCUACAGAGCCCUCAGAUGGCGCCGCCCUCUCGAAGUGCGACCAUGCCUGUCAACAUGUCCACGGGAGGACCGAAACCUCUAUAUCCCGGCCAGCGCACCUGGCAAGAUCCUUGCUUGAGCCCGGGGCCUCUUAGCCCUGCCCUCCGCCCCGACACAAACUCCGUUUCAUCUAGGCCGGGAACUGCUCCAGGCGUAAAGCCGGAGCUAGUCCACCCGAACCACACCGAGCCAGAGGCACAGGUUGCUGACAAGGUAGAGGGAGAUGACGACCUGAACUAUCUGACUGAGGAUCUACUCAACGACUACUACGACUCCACAGAGCCAAACGAGCCGAAUGAACCGGACAUGCCCAACUUUGGUGCAAUGUCUGACGAUAAUGCCGGAUCGCAAAAUGCCGAGACGUUGAUCCCGUUUGAUAAACCCGUGCAAGAUGCGGCGCCAAAACCUGCGUACGCUGCGUAUAAGCCUACGGCAGGAAUUCCUCCUCCGCAGCCUGCUCAGGAAAGACAGGGUCCUCAGAAUGGCUUUGCGAACCAUCAGCAUGACCGUCCUCCUUCGCCUGGUUAUGCCAACGGAGGCUACAACCACCAGCAGCCCGGUGAUGGUUAUUACGGCAGACAGGACCCCCGAUCAAUGACUCCAGUACAACGCGGUGGCUACGGUGGCGGUAGAGGCGGAUAUCCUCCCCAACAUUAUCAGCAAUAUGGGCCUCCUCCGCCUGAGAAUGGUGGUAGAGGCCAGUAUGAUAAUAGACAGGCAUAUCCGCCCCAUGACUCGCAGUAUGGAGGGCCGCGGCCAGGUGAAGACCAGUACGGCGGCUAUCAAAACCCAGACGCCCUCCCACACCAUCCUCACCCAACUCCAUUCCGCCCGGGGCUCGAGCAAGGACCAAAACCAGCACCGGUUCGACAGUAUACGACCCCGCAACCGGUGCCAACGCCGCAGCCUAGUCAAGCUCCUGCAUCAUACGGCGGAGACGAUCGCCGUGCAUCCCAACCGAUCACAUUAGGCGAACUACAUGCUCUCCAACAGGCUGCUCGAAGCAACCCUUCGGACCACGCCCAGCAACUUGUCCUGGUUAAGAAGUUGGUUGAAGCCGCUAUCCACCUAAUAGACGACAACGGCCGAGCAGACGCGAAGACAAAGGCUAAGAAUAGGGAACGGUAUACAUUGGAUGCCUAUAAGAUUGCCAAAAAGCUCGUUAGCGCAGGAUAUCCGCCAGCUAUGUUCUACAUGGCGGAUUGUUAUGGUUCAGGACAACUUGGACUCGAAGUCAACCCGAAAGAGGCAUUUGGCUUGUACCAGUCCGCUGCGAAAAUGGGUCAUGCAGAGUCAGCCUAUCGACUUGCUGUUUGCUGCGAGAUGGGACAAGAAGGGGGCGGAGGCACCCGACGUGAUCCCAUGAAGGCAGUGCAGUGGUAUAGGCGUGCUGCUUCUUUGGGUGACCCUCCUGCAAUGUAUAAAAUGGGCAUGAUUCUCCUAAAGGGUUUAUUGGGACAGCCGAAAAAUCCGCGAGAAGCGCUCUCCUGGCUGAAACGUGCUGCUGAGCGAGCAGACGAGGAUAACCCGCACGCUUUACACGAAUUAGCCCUACUCUACGAGAACCCUCAGGGUAACAAUGCCAUCAUUCAGGACGAGAAUUACGCCCGAGAACUCUUACACCAAGCAGGUGAAUUGGGCUAUAAAUUUUCUCAACACCGCCUUGGUGCCGCGUACGAGUAUGGCUUAGUCGGAUGUCCCGUUGACCCUCGACAGAGUAUUUACUGGUAUACCCAGGCCGCCGCGCAGGGAGAACAUCAGAGUGAAUUGUCUCUCAGUGGAUGGUACCUGACUGGUGCUGAAGGUAUUUUGCAACAAAGCGACACAGAGGCAUACCUUUGGGCCCGCAAAGCUGCCAUGGCCGGAUUAGCCAAGGCAGAGUAUGCAAUGGGUUACUUCACCGAAGUCGGUAUCGGUGUUCCCACCAAUCUUGACGAUGCUAAAAGGUGGUACUGGAAAGCAUCAUCUCAAAAUUUCCUGAAAGCUCGUGAACGAUUAGAGGAGCUCCGUCGAGGCGGUGCGAAAAUGCAGAAAACUCGCGUCUCUAGAUCUGCCGUCAACAAAAACGAAGGCGAUUGCAUUGUUAUGUGA